GGGCUGUUACAUUUAUGUGGAACCUGUAAUUGCGGUUUACCCAUUGAAACGUCCCCUCUCUCCCUCCCACUAAUUUCUCUCUCUCUCUCUCUCCACCUUUGGGUUUCUUGUGUAUUCUUUCUUUGUGUAAACAUCUACGCCUCCUCCUCAUCAGAUUCUAUUCCCCUUCUCUUCCACUUCCAAGGGACAGGGUUUCAACAAUUCAAUCAAGAUGGAAGGCGACGCCGGCGGUGAAUUCCAGGACUGGGAGGUGCUACAUAGCACCAACUCCUCCUCUGACGAGGCCAACUCAAUUACCUCUUCCGACUCAGUCGAAAUUACCAUGACUAGGGUUUUGGAGGAGGGUCUCGAUGUUGAUGUUGAUGGUGGGUCCCAAGGUAUGAUUCAACCCGAUUACUUCUCUCUCGAUAGCGGUACCAAGUAUGCAAGUAAGGAGGAGGGCUCUGUUGAGUCUGAUACUCCGAGUUGGAUCGAUCCCGAGUCGGAGACUCCGGGUUUAGCGAAGGAAUCGGGCGAGUUUUGGCCCGAUUCUGGCAGCGACAGGUCGGAGGAUCAUAAGUUUGGCGAAUUCGAUGGUAAACAGGAAUUCGGUUUUGUUGGAAAUGCGGGAAAACAAGUGGGUUUUGAAGGGAUUGGAGAAAUUGGAACUGGUGGUGAGGAUUUGGGGAGGUUCUGGUCUGAUUCUGGUGGGAUUGUGCGGAAUUCGAUGGAAUUUGGCAGUUUGGAACAGAAUAUUGAUGUGGGGAUUGGCGGUAAAGCGAAUUCCGGUGAAGAGUCGGAGAUUUUGGCGGAAGAGAGUAGGGGAGAUGGUGGAGAUGUGAAUUCUGGUGAUAAAGAAAGUGUUGUCAUAGGAGCAGUGAAUAAGAGUGGUGAGGGAGAGAAGAGGAGUGUUGUGUGGUGGAAGGUUCCAUUUGAGUUUUUGAAAUUCUGUGCUUUCAGGGUUAGUAGCCCUGUGUGGACUUUGUCGGUGGCUGCGGCGGUCAUGGGGUUUGUUAUGUUGGGCCGCCGGUUGUAUAAGAUGAAGAGGAAGAGCCAGAGCUUGCAGCUCAAGGUUACCAUGGAUGAUAAGAAGGUAUCUCAGUUCAUGACCCGCGCUGCACGGCUGAAUGAAGCUUUCUCGGUGGUGAAACGGGUCCCAGUCAGACGACCGGCUCUGCCUGCAGCUGGGGUGACUCCAUGGCCUGUGAUGAGUUUGAAAUGAGAUUAAGCUUCUGGAAAAUGGGGAGAACAAGGGAGUUUGUUCGUCAGGUAAGUCUUAAGACGAUAUGGUUCUUGUAUGUUAUUGCUUGUAUAAUCAGUGUGUUGGCUUCCGUAUAUGUAUGCAACUUGAAGUUGUUAAGAUACUUUCGUACUAUCAUUCUAUAGCUCGUGUAUAAACUUGAAACUAGUUUCCCUUGAGUAUUUCUCAUACAGUAUCUCAGUGUUGCUUGUGUAAA